GUCACUGGGAAUGGUCUAACAACGUAACACGGGGCAGGAUUUUUAAGUAACUGGAUUAUUGGAUAUAUAACCGAAACAACACUGAAAAGGAUUUCUUGCUACAUCAGAGGCCACCCUCUGCCUGUGUCUUGCCUCUCAGGAUGUCCAGAAUGUUGUUGCUGUAGUGGAGAGGACAACCACCUUAGGAUCUGCAGACAGGGACACGGCCAGUUGAUCGUCAUGCCUCGUUUAAGUGUCAGUCCGAGCUCAAAGGCUAACUGUAGCCCUGCCUGGCUCAUCUGCGUGCUCCUGGGCCUCUCUGCUCUACACACACAUGCCAACGAUGCCCUUGCUGUACCCCAGCAGCUGAGCCUGUCAGCCAACAAGUAUUCACAGCAACUAUCCAUAUCCUGGCUGGGAGGAGCAGCCACAACCUUUGACCUCAUGAUUCUAAGAACUGAGCUCAGUGAAACUGUCUUCUAUGAAACAGUGUCUGUGGCUGUGAAUCAGGCAAGUGGUCGGCACCAGUGGAACUGGACCUCAGUUGAACCUCUGGAGUGUACCUCGCUUUCCAUCAAAAUCCGCUCAAGAGAUGGACAGACUACAAGUGAAUGGAGCAACACUGAGAUACUUCAAGGAAGCGACCUCCCCAGCAAUGAGAAAUUCCAGAUGUACCCCCAGGACAGAGUUGUACCCGUGGGGGCCAACACCACCUUCUGUUGCAUCGUAGAAGAGGGGGAGCUCUUUGGCACCAUCCUCUACAACAGCACAGUCAUGAACAUGACACGACUGAGUAGGCGAAGCUACGCCACUACUGUGUUUAAUCAGGGACCAUCGAGCAGUACGGGAACCAACGUCCUCUGUUACAACAGCCUGAAGACAAAGCUGACUGGAGCAGUGGUAUUUGUUGGAUAUCCACCACUGCCCAGUGAUUUUGAGUGCGAGACUCGUGACUUAACCUCAGCUGUGUGCAAGUGGAACGAAGGACGAGUCUCACACUUGUAUGGCAGACGAGGAACACGCUACUCAGUGAACAAGAGGCCACAGCAGAAGCAGAGAGAGUGUACUUUGGACCAGUGGGAGGGUAACUGGACACUGGUGGCUGUGAAUCCUCUUGGCCAAUACAGCCUCACAGACUAUGCUGAAAUCAGUCACAGAGUGCGUCCAGUAGCACCAGCUGACCUGAGUGCUGUUGUCCAUGCCUGGAAUGCCACUGUGCUCUGGCAGUGGAACUACAACAGCUACUCCUCCCUGGCUCUUGACUGCCAGGUAAAGCUUACCUCCCAUGGAUACAAAACAGAGUAUAACUUCUCUGGUGUGGGUCUUCGGUCGGUGGUUCUGUCAGACUUGUAUCCAAAUGAGGAUUACAGUGUCCAAGUCCACUGUGGUGCCCAGCAGAAUUUUUUCUGGAAGUGGGGAGACUGGUCCAAACCACUGUCCUUCAAAACCAGCACUACUGUUCCAGAUGCUCCUGAUGUGUGGCUGUGGAUAAACAGAGACAAUACUGGGCAGAUCAUUUGGAAGCCUCUGACUCGAAGACAGAGCCACGGUCAGAUCACAGGUUAUGAAGUCACUUUCUGGAGCCCUGAAGAAAAUCUACAGCACACAGAAAGCUUUUCACCAGAUACUUCUGCUGCUCCAAUCAACCUCACACAGCUCGCUGCCUUCAGCGGUGACAAGGUCAUAGCAACCGUCAUUGCAAAGAACAAUGAUGGGUUGUCUCAACCUGCAAAUUUGCUUAUACCUCUGCGUUUGACAGAUGUGAAGCCCGUUGCUGUGUCCAGGGCGGUUUAUAGCGACAGAGGUUUCCCUCUGUUGUGGCAGAGCGAUGCCAACGCCACCUGUGGUUAUGUGGUGGAAUGGCAUGAUGACUCCUGCAAAUGGAACUGUCCUCUGGAGUGGAUCAAGGUGGCUGCUGGAAACACCAAUACCUUAAUAAAAUCAGCCAACUUUCAGCCGGGUGUGAGGUACAACUUUUCCGUAUACAGCUGCUCCUCAGAGCCUGCAGAGCUGCUGCAGCGCUGGCAGGGAUACAUGCAGGAGCUGGUGCCAUCCAGUCCUGUCCCAUUGUCAGUCCAUCAGCGGGACUCUGAUAUUGUCCUCACCUGGGGCGAAAUCCCACUGGUCAACAGAAGAGGCUUCAUUUUGGGCUACAACGUUUACAUCAGUAAUGGCUCCCAGCUCACACUUUUAGGCAGUCUGUCAGACCCAGGAACCACGAACUAUGUAGUAAAAGGUUUCUCUGAGGGCUCCUAUAAAUUUACUGUCAAGGCCUACACCUCAGCGGGCGAGGACACAGGCGCCACCGCCUCCAUAACGCUGGAACCGUACACUGAUUGGCUGAUUGUAGAAAUCUUGACCUCUCUGGGAACCACAGCCUUAUUCCUGGCCAUUGUCACCUUCAUUUGCUUCAAGAAAAGAAAAUGGGUGAAAAAGGCAUUCUAUCCAGACAUACCAGAACCUAAGCUGCCCGGUGAUUGGUCCAGGACACAGGGACCUUUGGAUGUGAAGCCAUCUCCCCACAGUGUAGUCCAUAUUGUGGAAAAGCCAGAGUGGGAUUCCAGUAAAGAAAUGCUUGUCGUCAUUCCCGAAGAAGACGAGGAUGAAGAUGGGCAGGGGAUAGGAGACGAGCCAGUUGACACAGAUGAGCCAGCAUCGUUGCGCUAUUACAACCAAGUGGUAGAUGAGCGGCCCAUAAGACCACGUUUCCCAGACUCCUCUGCUUCUUCUGCGUCUUCUUUGGAUUCAGCACGCACAGAUGUGACAUACACAGGGAUUCAGACCUCGGGGUCUUCUUUGGUCUGGCCGCUGGAUCCACAGGGCUCCUCUGAGGGCCACCGACCCCAGGCUGAUCUGUCUCUCAGCUGUGGAGCUGGAGGAGGGGGUUACCAACCUCAGAUGCAACCUGGAGCCCCAAGUGAAGACAUGGGCCUCGCUUCUCCAGAGCCUUUCCUAGAGCCACAGGCUGCCAGUGGAGGGGGCUACAAACCCCAGAGCUCCUGGCAUUUUGACUCCCCUGUGGAGGCUGGGGAAAGUACCGGCCUAGCACCCUCUCUUGGAUCCCCCACCUCAGUUGCUUCCACUCAGUUCCUCCUCCCUGAUGGAGAGGAACAUGCAGAGGAAAAACGACAACAGUCCUCAUCGGCGGCAACCUGGUUCACCAACCUGCUGUCAUCCACAAAACCGUGAUAUCAUCUCUCUGUCACUACUAGCAGCCAGGCCAAGGGGGCCAACAUAAAGCUCUCAGAUUCAUUACCGUUAACAGCGUCAUGCAUCAAACAAGCCUUGCCCAUAUGGUCUAGGUAAAUAUGUCCUAUGAUGUAGCACUACAUUCUUACAGCAGCAUUUUGACAGCAUGUUAAUUAUGCUAUUUGAGGUUUUAAUUUCAAACAUCCAUAAAUACAUAUAAGGCAAAUCUCUUCAGAGAAGUUCAUCAUACCUCUUAAUUUCCACCAUAUUUAUUGCACCCCCUGGCAACCUGGUGGCGUUGUGUCCCCUCACUGCCUUUUCUGUGACUCCCUAUUGUGGGCAUUUAGUGAUGGCAUAUCCUGUGUUUCAGCUGAGUAUAUCCCGUUUUUAGCUUGCAUUUCGGAUGGUUUUAUUUUUUGUGAUGUGAACUUUACUACACUACAGAAGAAAACAGAAAGCAGGAUUGUUUCAACACAAAUGACUGCAUGUAAAGAAUAAUGGACAUUUUUGGAAGAACACUACAAAAGAACAGUUUCAAUAGAAGACAUCUACAUAGACAGAAAACUUUCCUCUCAUUAGUACCCAUGUCCUCUGCUGAUGAGCUGCUGAAUGGGAGUGGAGAACAUGCGUUUGGCUGUAAAAGUCAUUUCCAAGGUAGCUCCCAUCCUUUCAGACAUGAUCUAUUUUUCAGAUAUUACUGUCUGCACAGUAAGGUGUUAUUGAAAGAUGCACUUAUGAAUGAGAACAGCCAUUGUUUUACACAGUUACAGGAGUGGUGCUUUCUAUUAUGGUCUGGAAUUGUGUGGGUGAUGAGCCCAGGGGAUAAACACUGAUAUAAGCUAGAACAUAAAUACAAACUGAAUUUAAUGAAUGCACACACUAUUGUGUUACUUUUGAGUGUUUUUGUUGUUGUUUUGUCUUCCUUAGUUUUGUGCAUUUAUUUUUUUCCUUGUUAUGAAACACAUUUCAUAGUCAGGCCAGUGUCCUUGUUUAAUGUAAUGUGUCUGAGCAUCAUCCUCAAGUAGAUGGUUGUUGGAACAAAUUAUGAGAGUGAAUCUGGACGGGUGAUACCAAGGUAGAUUGCCUUGAUAAAUGUAAUACUUCCAGUAAUUUGCACCAUAUCACAUUUCACAUACUGCCUUGCUCCUAAAUGUUAUGUAUAAUGAAAAAUAAUAUCUUACAGUAAUGUAGUUCAGAACUGAUCAGCAUUGUAUUGGACCUACAGACUCUACUGGCAAUGAGUGUAAUGUACACUGGAUGUCAGUUUUAAUCAGUUUUAGUAAAUGCUGAAAUUUCUAAAUUUUGGCUACGUAAUGAUUGUCAUAGUGGUCCUCUUACCCUUCUCAGUAUAUUUCAGAGUAUAUAUAUGUGGAUAUAAAGAAUUAUUUUUCUUUCGUCGCUUUAUUUUAAAGCCGUGUGAGAUGGCCGAUAAUGCAUUUGAUGUUAAUUUGCUGUGCUUGGAAACUUGUUUAUUUUUUGGGAAAUCUAAGUGUACAAUACAUUUAAAAUAUUUUUUUAAUGCGACUACUUCUCUUUUCAUUGCAAAUGCUUCCUGAAGCCUCCUUGGAAAUUUUCUGAUUGAAAAAGGGGACCAAAGGGAAAGCAUACAUUAGGAAAUUAUCUAGAAUUUGUAUAAGUGUUAUCAUUUAGCUUUUGUUGACAAAAAUGUAGAGAAAUGACCUUGUCAAUAUUGAUAGCACUUUGCCAUCUCCAUAAUGGUGUCAAACACAGGCCACUACUUGCCCAAGUACAGUCAGCAUACUCGAUUUGCUCCUCACUCAUGUGUUCAGAGUGGGCGGAUACACCAUUGCUUAGGCUUCGCAAAAGCAUCAUCAUGCAGAUAUGAUCCAGGAUGUUUAUUUCUUCAUAUACAGCCCAGGCCCUGGCUUGCCUGUGUGGCAGCCUGUGGUCUUGCUGUUUCUUAGUGCCUCCAGCCAACAAGCUUUAAGUAAAACUACUGUGACAUGAAUGAUGACUUAGAUUAACUAUAAUCGAUGGCUUCAUUGAUGAACUGACAACAGGCAGGCAGUCCUCUUUGACUACUGAGAAAAAUGUAUCCCUUCUUUCUCUUUGUCUUGUAACGCUCAUCUGAAUUUUAACUGGAUUACUGGGGGAAAAAAUGGUUGAAAGGAUUUGUCAAAAGCUACAGUUUGAACCAGUCAAACUGAGGAUAGGGUGAAGCAGCCAGGUGAAUUGUGUGAGGCCAGUGAUCACUUCAAGGCGAUGGUGAAGGUUGGAUAUGGUUUGGAGUAUUUAGACAUGGCUGCAGAUUGUUUUCCUUUGAAGCCAGCUUCCUCAAACAAGCAGGGCUUUGCAGACUACCCAGGUGAAAAAAUAUUAUACUUAUACUAUACUUUAAAAAAAUGUACUAUGUACACUUUGUGAUAUUUUUAUUGCCUUCAAGUAUAUUAAAGUGUACUCCAGUAGUCCUUGAGUACCACUUGAGUAAUACUUGAGUAUACUUGCUAAAUUGGCACAACAUUUACACCAGUGAAAAUUAUCACCACAAUGUGAAAUUUGAGUACUCUUUCAUUAAGCAUGCUAAUAGUGUAUUACAGAUGACUUGAAAGUCAGUAUACUAUUCAUAAGUAUACUUUACAACUAUUAAAAGUAUUUGCAAUUUAGUAUACUUUUUAAAAGUACACUUAAGAGAAAUUUAUAAUACACUUGCAAUAAAAUACACUUUUAAUUUUUUUAAGUACUUUCAAAUACCACUUUAAGUUUUGCAGAAUUAGUAAAUUAAUUUUUAAUACAUUGAAGUAGAAUGUAAUUACAUCUAUUUAGAAGUGCACUUUUUAAAGUAUGUUGCAGACAUACUUUAAGCAAAAUUGUGUCAUGACUUUUCUGUACUGAAAUUAUAUUUCUAAUACAGUGAAGUAUACUACUUUUUGACCUGGGUAACCUAUGAACGCUAUGUGUUACAUGCUUUUAUGUUGAUUUGGAUCAACAAAAUGGCACCUUUUUAUUUUCUUCUAAAUCUUUGUUUUUAUACAACUAACUGUACAUAGUUUGAAUUUUCUUUUGUUUCCUUGUUACGAAACAGUAAUCUUAUGUUGUUUUACAUUGGAAAUGAUAUUCCCUAUACUACGGGCAGAGUUAAUGUUGACUAACCAGCUUUCCUGAGAAAAUAAAGGAGAAUAUUUGUGUUGAUGACGCCGGAUUUAAGAGUCCUAUGAAAUGUAGAGGCAUCAUAUUGUAUAUUUGUUGUGUGCUUAAACACAUGGAAUAAUUUUUAAAUGUGUCUGAAAAACCAUGUAAACUGAAUUAGAAUUGUGAUCCUGUCUUCUUAAAAUAGUUUAGCCUGCUUUGCAUUCCUAUCUUAUCACAGCAGUGUCUCUUUGCCAGGCAUGUUGUAAAUAGGGCCAGAAUACUCACCAUGCAGUUGUAUGGCAACUGCUGAUAUGCAGUUUUCCAUUCAGUCAUUACAUUUUCCAUUGUCCAUCCAGAAGUUUAAUUGGAGUCUGUAUUUACUGUUUACAACAUUACAAUUUUGUGGUUUAUACAGCAGGGUGGUACACUUGCUGCCUUACACAUCUUCCUCUCUGGCCCUAGAUAUUUUUGUGAAAUCAGUGCAUGCUGUAUAAUCUAUUACUACAAAACAGUGGCUCGUAAAUCCUUUAAACUCCACGUUUUUUACCCUCUGGCUUUAAAACACUAACACUGACUAAUAAUGUGCAUGACAACAGGACUGACAUAUUGUGCACCUGAAAAAACAUUCAUUCAUUUUUGAAAAUGCUUUAAGUUUCACGAUAUUUUGCAGAAUAUUUUACUAUUGAUUGAAUAAAGAGACAGUGAAGUGCUUCUGAGUGAAUAAAUGUAAACACUAAUAACAAACUGAAAUGCUACUUGUUUAAAGGCAAUAAAGUUAUUUGUCUGGUCA